UCCAUCUUGUACACUUAUCAUCAUGAAACCAGUUUUGGUUGUCAUAAUGCUGGCAGCGAUUGCGUUCGCUGAACACCAUGAGCAACAUGAGACUCAAGAAGUAGAAAGAGAGUUCCAUUUUGAACAUGGACAUUUUGAACAUCAUGAACCAAGAGUAGAACUUCAUGAACAAACUUAUCAACCUCAUUUUGAAGUCAACGAGUCCGAGUUUCAACACCAAAAACUGGGAGAGCAUGAAUCUGAACACCAAGAACUGAUUUUUGAACAGCACAAAGGACAUAAAGAACACCAUGAGCCAGCCAGGUCUUACCAGAAUUUUAUUCUUCAUUUUGGCCAUCAGAUUCCAAUCAAAGUACCCGUUAUUCAUUUAUUUGAACACCACGAAGAAAAUGUUCUCCAUCACCACCACGAACACGGACUUUGAUACAUUGAGAAAAUGACUGAAUAAAUUAAGUGACAAUUAA